UCCCUCCCUGUCUUCACCUUUCCCUCCCUUCCUAAGGCAUCAGAGCAGAGACCACAGAGUGCAGAGCCCAGAUCUGCCAGGCUGGAGGCUCAGGGCCCUGCCAUGGCCUGCGCAAGGCCUCUUCUGAUGCUGGCCCUGCUGGCCUGGGUUGUUCUGGCUGACCAAGAGUCGUGCAAGGAACGCUGCACUGAGGGCUUUAAUGCUGACCGGAAGUGUCAGUGUGAUGAGCUCUGCUCUUACUACCAGAGCUGCUGUGCCGACUACCUUGAUGAGUGCAAGCCCCAAGUGACACGCGGGGAUGUAUUCACUCUGCCAGAAGAUGAGUAUGGGGUCUAUGACUACCACAGCGAGACCAAAGACAGCACCAGUGUCCACCCACAGUCGGAGAGCCCCACCCUGGUUCCUGACCUGCAGGACCCACCUGAAGUCAUCUCCCAGCUGGCACCUGUUCUGAGUCUGGGCCCUGGGCAGGGAACCCUAAGGCCUGAGAUCCCUGAUCAAGGGGUCUCUGAGUUCCCAGGAGGCGAGGAGCUGUGCAGUGGGAAGCCCUUUGAUGCCUUCACUGACCUCAAGAAUGGUUCCCUCUUUGCCUUCAGAGGGCAGUACUGCUAUGAGCUGGAUGAAAAGGCAGUGAGGCCUGGGUAUCCCAAACUCAUCCGAGAUGUCUGGGGCAUUGACGGUCCUAUUGAUGCUGCCUUCACCCGCAUCAACUGUCAGGGGAAGACCUACCUUUUCAAGGGUAGUCAGUACUGGCGCUUCGAGGAUGGUGUCUUGGAAGCCAGUUACCCCCGCAACAUCUCUGAUGGUUUCAAGGGCAUUCCAGACAACGUGGAUGCAGCCCUGGCCCUCCCCGCUCACAGCUACAGUGGCCGCGAGCGGGCCUACUUCUUUAAGGGGAAGCAGUACUGGGAGUACGAGUUUCAGCAGCAGCCCAGUCAGGAGGAGUGUGAAGGCAGCUCCUUGUCGGCCGUGUUUGAACACUUUGCCCUGCUGCAGCGGGACAGCUGGGAGGACAUCUUUGAGCUUCUCUUUUGGGGCAGAUCCUCUGGUGGUGCCAGAGAGCCCCAGUUCAUCAGCCAGGACUGGCCUGGUGUGCCCGGGCAAGUGGACGCAGCCAUGGCUGGCCACAUCUACAUCUCAGGCUCAGCUCUGCAUUUGUCCUCGGCCAAGAAGCCUAAGUCAAAGCGUCGCAACCGUAAACGUUACCGCUCGCGCCGUGGUCGUGGCCGCAGCAAGAACGCCCGCCGGCAAUCCCGUUCAGCCUUGCUGUCCUGGUUCUCCAGUGAGGAGGGAGGCCUGGGAACCUACUCUGACAACUAUGAGUUGGACUGGCUUGUGCCAGCCACGUGUGAGCCCAUCCAGAGCAUCUACUUCUUCUCAGGAGAUAAGUACUACCGAGUCAACCUUCGCACACGGCAAGUGGACACUGUGAGCCCUCCCUACCCACGUUCCAUUGCCCAGUACUGGCUGGGCUGCCCAGCCCCUGGCGGCAAGUAGGAGCCCAGGCCCACACAGCUGGGCCCUCUGCUGCUCCCUGCUCCCAUCUCAAUAAAGAUCCCUUGGCCCUGAGUUUA